UUCAGGGGCACAUAUGUACACGGUGCGAAACUCGGCCACAGCCACAGACCAACACUCAUCACCAGGACUUCAUUUAUGUCUGGUCGUCGAGUUUAAUGUCUAUAAAUAUCUCUCGUAGCUGAGGUGGAACAAUGAAGAGCGUUCGUGGGCGACACACAAGAACAAGGUCCGCCGCAUGUUAAACUACUGUUGCAUGUAGGUGGGGGAGCGCUGUCGCUGUCCCAGGUUGCUGAAAGCGCUCGUCAGUCGAUCUGCGGCAAGCCAACGAGACAGUAAACGGUUUUUGAUCGAGACAAUAUGCAUGGACUCAUGUGAAUGCUGAACAAUAGCAAGGCAGUUAACGUAGCUCUAGUCAGAGUAAAUGGGAUCUCACGUCCUCUAAUGUUUAAAGGAUGAAGAUAUUUUUCCUGUCAACCGUGCCACUGCUAAUUCUCAGCUGUCUAGGUGUCUCUCGCGUCUUUGCUGACAGUUUGGCGGCUCCUGUCAAUGUGACCAUCAAGGCUUUGAAGUCCAACUCUGCCGUGGUGACAUGGGACAUCCCCGAAGGGGACCUUGUCAUCGGCUUCGCCAUCACACAGCAGAAGAAGGAUGUGCGCAUGCUGCGCUUCAUCCAGGAAGUGAACACCACCACCCACUCCUGUACAUUAUGGGACUUGGAGGAGGAGACCGACUACAUUGUGCACGUGCAGUCCAUCAGCAUGAGUGGGCCCAUGAGUCAGCACAGCGAACCCCUGCGCUUCCGCACGCCCAAGGAGUCUGAGACACAGGCCUCCAAGAGUAAAGACGAGGUGACCAUGGAGGAAGUGGGAGCUCAGCUGAGGGCGGGGGAGUUCAUCAUUAUCGUGGUGGUGCUGAUCAUGUGGGCAGGUGUGAUCGCUCUCUUCUGCCGUCAGUAUGACAUCAUCAAAGACAAUGAGCCCAACACCAACAAGGACAAAGCUAAGACCUCAUCAGAGUGCAGUACUCCGGAGCACCCGACGGGGGGGCUGUUGCGCAGUAAGUUCCCCAAGAACAACAACAACAACAACCGGGCUCCAUCUGUGAACAUCAUCGAGGUGUGACGGCCAGAACACUCUCUAAUCCAAAGGAUUGAGUGUAUUCUAAACAGAGCAACCAAAGGGCCCUUUAUGCCCAUCUGCUUGUUAGGAUGAGGCUAGGACUGUGGGUCGUGGCCGGCCCUUUGGCAUGGGGCCUGGGUGUGAACUGGGCCCUCAGGACUCCAGGGUCCAGGUUUCAGAGUAGAGGCUCUAGAUGUGGUGGCAGGACUGUGGCUGUCGCUGCUCUAAUUAUUGCCAGAAGGUCAAGGAGAUAAAGGCCAAAUGGGUUCAGCUAUGAGUUGAGAGAGAGGAGAUAUGAACAUGGCCAGGGGACUGCAUAUAACCAGGGCCAGAGACCCUCUCUCUCAGCUUGUUGUUAAUGAACUGAAACACACUGUCCCGGCCCCUGUUCCCCAUACUGCAACCAAGGCUUGAGCACUGUGCACCGUGUGAAAAUGAACUCCCCCUACUGCAUCUCCUCUCUUACAGUGUUUAUUUAUUUGCCUCCUAUUAUGCUGAUUUGCUGUAAGGCACAUACUGUAGUUUCCUUACUAUUGCUUACCUCCUUUGACAUAUACCUCUUAUUCAAACUACAGUAUAUAUCACUGUAUCAAAACCUGUUUCAUCUAUUCACAACAACUUCUUAUUUGUAAAGUACCAGUUUUAUAGAUCUCCUUCUGGCUCAACUCCCUGAAACCUCCUCUGAGAUGUGUUUUCAUUCGAUCAGAGCUAGUUAGUUCCCCGCUCAGGGAAUUCAGACAAUACAAGGCUAAUUUUGGAGGCCUUUCUGAAUCCAAGCUGGUGGCUAUGACGUCAGGGCAAGAUCAAAAGGAGCACUCAAGACACCCGUGUGGCAGAAUUCUCCAUUUAUCUGGAGAAUUAAAGCUUGUUAGCUCUGACAGCAGAAAAGAACGUUGUCAUUUAUAAACAAAUCUGGUCUCUACAUUUAUCGUUGAUUUACCUUAAAUAUAACAUUUUCCUUUAAAAGGUCCAAAGCAGCCAUUUAAAAAAAUAUCAAUAUCAAAUCAUCUCUGGGCAACAAUUAAGUAUGUUACUGUGUUUGUUUUUGGUUAAAAUGAUCAAAAAGAAGAAAAAAAUUGCUUCUUAGCAAAGAGCAAUUUCUCAAGCAAGAAUUAUGCUAGGACCGUCUGGGAGUGGUCUGAGUGGGGAGGGGAAAACUGGAAACUAGCUGUUAUUGGCAGAGAGGUUUGGAACUAUCUUUCUUAUCGGACUAUUAACUUAUUGCAUGGUGAUGUCCCCAUGGAAAGCCCAAAGCUCCAUUCCACCAAAAUGGGUGAAAUUUCAGGCAGUCUUUUCAAACUGCUCUUACAAUAAAAGGGCUUUAUCCAAAUGUUCACAAUUACACAGUAUUAUUCCAAUCUCAGUGUGCAGAUAUAUAUAAAACACAGGAAAAUCACGUUGACUGCACUGGGCCUUUAGGGGAUAAUCCACACCAAACGGCUUAAUUCAUACAAUUAACAGUGUUAAAUAACACUAAUAUGUGAAUAUAUUUCUUAACAAAUGUUUAAUUUUGUUGUUAUAACAAGGUUGCUAGAAAUAUGUGAAAAGCAUUGUGGAAAUAUCUUGCAACAAAACCCACAAUGCAAUGCUAUUUCUGAACUGCCUGGCUAGCUAGCUAGAAAACAUAGCUAUACACAAUAAUACCAAAGUCAAUAUCAGCAUGUGAAGUAGCUAGCUAGCUGUAUAAUCGCCUAAACAAACUGCACAAUCAAUUUAGGAGUCUCUUAAAAUUGCAGUUCAUCAACUCGCAAUGAAGCGAGUGCAGAUAUGGUACGUUGCUAUGGCAACAAUGGCCUUUUCCCACAGACACACGGGGAGCAUAGAGAUAAAUAGUAAUGGCGUCUUUUUGAGGGCAUUAAAUCCACCAUGGUUCGUUAGUCAAAGCAUGUGGGAAAAUAAAGACAUGAAUCGUAACUGGCUCGUUUCAUCUUGUUCUUGAUACCAUGUCUUGUUUUGAGGUGUUUUGACUGAUUUAAUGUCAAUGCUGAUAUGGCUAGCUAGCUAACCAACAACUGUAAUGACGUAUGAGGGACAAGUGCUCAUUGUGCAAAUGUAUUUAUGUUUUCAAUAAAACAUUGGAGAGGAAAUAUAGCAUACAUGUUAUCAACAAUUCAAGCCAACCCUGUCUGUUGUGCCCCAUAAUUGCAAAAGCGUCAGUUUUGUUGCUAAACAACCAGACCGUCUAUGGGAAUGGCUAAACGAACCAGAGAUAACUGAUUUCCUGUUUUUAGGACUAAAAGCUGGCGAGCUCUAUUGCGAGAUGGUACUUGAAGGAGAAACUGAGUUUAAUCAUUUGGUACACUGUUUAGAUUGGGCACAUCUAAGUGAAAUAUAUACUUUUUCAUGAUUAUAUAAACAGAUGGAUGUGUUCCAGACAAGUAUGCCAUACCAUCUAUUGGCUCACUUGGCGAUCUGGAGUGCAGGUAAUUGUUUAAAAAGCGUCAUAAAAUGUGAUAAGUGCGUUAUCCCACAUCUCCGUUGACGAGAACCAUUUGGCUAUGCCACAUUCCUACACCAUUUCCUGAUUUCACAGAUAGACCACUUAGAAGUUAAAUCAUGGGGAAUUGUUUUAUUUUACCCACUGAUAGAACAUAGGCUUUCAAGAAAUUGACAGGAGAUUCAUGAAUUUUAUUUCUGGUGGUGGAUUAUCCCUUUAAGUAAAAAUUAUAUUUGACUUAUAAGUAGAUUUACUAAAAUGCUACUGUUCAAAUAUUUUAAGUGUAUCGUUUCUCUUAUCACCUACUUUUAUUAGUGAAUGUUCAAGAGAGUUUACACUCACCUUUAAGAGGGGCCUGACUCAUGUGCAUGGACUGGAUGUGUCUCUGAGGAAGGGCUAAACAGGCCUCCCCAUGACAGCAAUAACAGCCCUGAGUGGAGCAGUAGAGCAUCUCACACACCGGCAGGCCAUGAAGCACCUGUCCAACCUACACUCAACCCAGCCACACUUAAUGCAGGGGGACUUUAAAAUGUGAUUAAAUAAGUUUAAAGUCCUAUUUUAUGAGCAUCCUUGUUUAUGAAAAGACCUUGCUAAUACGAUAUUAUCCCGAUACUUUGGUGCCGAUACGAUAUGCAUUGCCAUUGCCAUUCUCACGAUUCUACAUGUAUUCCAAUUCGACUGUGAUUUUAUUACGAUUCGAUGUUCCAAACAUAUUGCUCACCAUAUGUCUGCUGCAGAGGAACAAAAGACAGCCAUGAGAACGUUUUGAUCAGUCAUGGAAAUAAAAAUGCUGAAAAUAAAUUGUCUCCCUAUUUAACAAGAUGAUGGAAAAAAAGUUUUGCUGCAGGUACAGCCAACUAGCGCAAAUAUAAUAUAGUAUAAUAUAAUAUAAUAUAGUCAAAACGAUACAUCUUCAAAAAUAAUAUCCCGAUAUGUAACUGUAUUGAUUUUUCCCCCAUCACUAAUGAGCUCCAUAUGUUGGUUCUAAACGUUGACCCCUUUGAUUCAGUCCCAUCUGACAUCAUCAUUAGUAGUCAUCUUCACAGAAGGGCUUCCACUGAAUCAUCUUCAGUGUGAGAGUCCAUCCUCCCCACCCCAUGUACUGUAUCACAGGCAGGUGUUGACAUGCUGUACGAAGAGACUAUGCUGUGGAGAUUCUCAAAUUGGCCAGACAACCUCCUCCACAUCCCCAUGAAGGGGACAUUGCUGUGGUAAUGUGUUUUAGGUCUGAUUUAAAAAAGCACUGCCUUAAACACCUAAAUAUUCCAUUUUGUUUGAUAGGAUGGAAUGGUAAGGGUCCAAUUUGUUCCACCUUUUCCAUUUAGUAUUUCCCUGCCACUUGGCCCAUGGAGGCUGCAGUAUGUUAUGUUAAACAUCUGUGGUCUGGCUGUAUCCAUUAUGAGAUGGUAUAGGAGGAAAAGUAGAAUUUGAUUUAUUUUCUAUGGGAUGGGCAAAUGUAAUGCUAAAUAAAGAGCAUGACAGAAAUGUGUACAUAUGUUUUCUCAUCAGUUAUGUGGUUUCUAGAAAUGCUACAUACAAGUAUUAUUAUUUGAGAAAUGUGUCAACCUUUUCACAUUCUGUAAAGAGUGGUAUUGGUGAGAGAAAUUUGUCUUCAGGCAAAGAUUUUUGAAGUCUUACGGGCAAUGUAAAUGUCACGUUAUUAGAGAGACUGAACAUUUGUUCAUGACACUUUGCUUUCAAUGUAUUUAUAACAUUCUAUCGCUGUCCUAUUUGACCUAUAUCCAAUGUACAACAAUCUUGUUAAAAUGUGCUUAUUGAGGAAUAGAGAAAGGUAAAUAUACAGCCGAGGGAGGAGGCAGGAAGGUAGACUAUUCUGUACUUUACUCUCAUUGAUUACUCCAGUUCUGUUAUGACGCAUCACAUUGUGAACUGUAAUUUCGCCUGUACCCGUCUCGGUGAACAGACCUCUCUGCAGGUGAUUGACCUUGGCUGUGGGGGAGUGGCAGACUAAUGACAGGCAGAGCACAGCGAUGUAUAAAUAGGGGAGAGGGGGUUGACUGAUGACUAAUAAAAUAUGUUUUUUUUU